AUGGUCAACUUGUCAAUGAUUUUUUUUUUGUUUACGGCGGUUGUGGACCUCGUCUCUGCGGUGAAAUCUGCCAUCACAGACAUCCUCUCAGAGUCAACGGCGCUGCCCGACCCCUCCGCCACCCCAGGCACCACGUCUGACCAAAGCCAGGAUGACGCUGAUGAUGAGGAAGAUAACAGCGAAGACACAGAGGAGAAUGAAUCCGAUGAGGACGAGUCCGGCGAGCCCUCCACCCCCUCGCCCGUUACUGGGACAACGGUGAUGGCGGUCGGGACAGAGGAGCCCACGGCGGACACCACGGUGGAGCCCAUCACCCCCACCGUGGUCACCGACCAGGGCCGCGGGGACAGCCUGCUGCGCUUCCCCAGCGACUACAAGAGCAACCUGUACGGGGAGGACAAGUCCUACCACAAGGGCCUCUCGCCCUACAAGUCCUACGAGGUGCUGGAUGGGGCGAAGAGGAUGGCCUACGACAUGACCAAUGGGAACGAGGUGGAGAAGGGCCUGAAGGUCUACAAGGCGCUGCAGGUGCAUGCUGACCUCCUGGAGGAGGACCCAGUACUCCGGAGGUGGAGAGCCAGGGUCUGGACACCUCCUCCCCAGACCAAGAGGCCAGUCCCAAGCAGGCCCUUCUCCCCAACCUCCAGGAGAAGGAGGUUAGCUUCAGCCCCAGCGACGCCGCCCCUACCGGACAGCUCCAGUGCCACCGACGAGGAGGCAGAGGAGAGCACCGCCCAGCCCUAG